AACAUUGCCCGUCAACCUUAUGUCACCUGUCUUCCACCACCCCGCACACUCAUUUUUCAUUCAGUUGCACAACAUUAGACCACUAUUUACCUUUAAAUUGAAACCAUUGUGAUAUUCGUCGUAGUUUUAGAGUAAUUUAGCGUAAGAAAACACGAAAAUGUCGUGCCCGUGGGGAAAAAUCGAAAAACCCGAACCCGUCAACCUGGACGAGAUAAUGUCAGAAGAAGUAGCCCGGGAUCUUCAAGCCAAAGAAGACAAAAAGUACGCCGAAAUGACGCAGUCGUCGUCGAAAGAAGAAGGCGAGAUCCCCCCCGAAGUCCUCGAGGCCAUUUCACAGGAUGCCACGUGCCAAUCCGACGAGAUGAUCGCCAGAAUGCUGCAGAUGCAAUUCGACAAAGAGUACGACGAAAAUUUGAAAAGGACCGAGGAGAAGUACAACGGGGCGUCGAAGGUUUCGGUGUCGUUCGAGAAUUACAGGAGGGCUCCACAUAAUUUUGACUUUGAAAGCGAGUCCGAAGAGGACGAAAUUCCAGAUAUUCGCGACCGUCGCGACUGGGACCGCUUUGACACCCUCAAGAGGCAAGUUGACUCCAUCCCCCCUUGUGGCUACAAAAUGGAGAACGGCAGCAUGGUCACCAAGCACGACGUGACCAUGAACGGCCGCAAGAACGCCUGCAAGCUCCUGUCCUUCCCGCCGGACUUCCAAACCGGCGACGGGGAGAACUUCGACCUCAAGCUAUCCAACAAAGUCUUCAACAGCUUGAAGUUGCACUCGAAGCACGAAGAAGCGCGCCGCCAUAAAGUCCGCGACAAAAAAGAAGACAGAGCCACUCAAGAGUUCGGCUUGGAUGAGUACACCAGACUUGUAAUAUUCAAAAUCGUGCAACAAGAAAUACUCGAGAACGUCAACGGGGUCAUCAGUAUAGGGAAAGAGGCGGUGAUUCUUCAUGCUGACGCUAACCCCAAUUAUGAGGAGCAACCUCUCCCGCACGAGUGUGCUAUUAAAGUGUUUAAAACGACUCUUUCGGAGUUUAAACAGAGGGACAAGUACAUAAAGGACGACCACAGGUUUAAAGGCAGGAUAGGGAAUCAAACAGCCCGGAAGACCGUUCAUUUGUGGGCUGAGAAAGAAAUGCACAAUUUGAAUAGGUUGAAGAAUGCGGGAGUUGCUUGUCCGGAGGUGGUGACGCUAAAGAAGCACGUUUUGGUUAUGAGUUUCAUCGGGGAGAAUAACAAGCCUGCGCCUAAGUUGAAGGAUGCGAUAAUGACCGAUGCGGAUUAUAUUGUGGCUUAUGAUCAAGUUGUUGACACCAUGAAGACAUUGUUUGAUAAGGCUGAGUUGAUACACGCCGAUUUGUCGGAGUAUAAUAUUCUGUGGCACCAAGGACAGUGUUAUUUUAUUGAUGUGAGUCAGUCGGUGCUGUUGGCGCACGAAAAUGCCUUUUAUUUUUUGAUGAGGGACUGCGGUAACGUCGUUAAUUUUUUCUCCAAGAAAAAAGUGCCAGGGGUCGCUACCCCCGAGGAACUUUUCAAAUCCAUCACCGGCUACUACUAUGACGAAAAGCAAGCACUUUUAGAGUUACAAGAAUCCUUCAAAAUGAAGCCCCAUUUAGUGGACCAACCGGGAAUUGAAAGCACCUUUGAUUUCGAAAAAGGAUGGGAAAAAUCAAAAGAACUUGAAACUGUACAAUUAGUUGACUCACCUUUGGCAUAACAUGGACAAUCUUUAUUUGUAAAUAAAAAUUAAAAAAAAUAAUA